AUGAUUCCGAAUCAGGCGAAUUGCACUAAGAAGCAUCAUGAAACAAUUAUGAGUGGUGCAAAUGACGAUGAAGCGAGCAACAAGCAUACUACAUCUGAUCUCUAUCCAUAUUAUUUUCAUGGAACUGUUGUUGUUGGAUUUGGUCGUGGUGGUCGGAAGCUGGGUUGUCCUACUGCAAAUAUGGAUGACAAUGCCAUUUCCCGUCUGCCUCCUCAUUUUCCAUGUGGUGUCUUUUAUGGUUUCGCAAAUGUUAAUCAUGGUGAAGUAUAUGGGAUGGUAACUAGCAUCGGAUGGAAUCCACACUUCAAAAAUGAACAGAAAACAAUUGAAGUUCAUAUACUUCAUGAUUUUGAAGAAGAUUUCUAUGGUGCCGAAGUCCGUGCUAUUUUGGUUGGAUUUCUGCGUCCUAUGGCUGCAUUUAAUUCUCUGGGUCUGAAAGGCCUGGUGGCCCGAGGUUUCUGGUGUAUCUUGAAUAAUGUUUUCAGUGGAUGCUGUACUAUAUUGAGAUUGAAAUAUAUCGCUGUUUCAGGGAUAGUUAUUUACUGCAUCAAGAUGGAGUCGGUCCAGAACGUUCUCUAUGUUGCAGAUUCGUAUAAGGUAACGCAUCAUAACCAGUAUCCAGAAGGUACCACACACGUUUACAGUUAUUUCGAAAGUCGUGGUGGCAAGUUUUCGGAAGUCUGUUUCUUUGGCCUGCAGUAUAUUAUAAAACGAUGGCUUGUUGGUCCAGUAGUCACGAAGGCAAUGGUUGAACAAGCGAAACAAUUUUAUAAAGCGCACUUUGGUGGACUUGAUAUUUUCAAUGAGGAAGGCUGGAAUUAUAUUGCUGAAGUAAGUUCACAAAGGCCAUCUUCCGUUAAAGAUCAAAGCAGUACCGGAAGGUAUGGUGGUACCAGUUAA